AAAGCCCAACCAUGUUCAUCUUCCGCAGGAAACGGACCUGCACAUGCACGACGGGCCGCCACCACUGAGCUUCACGCUCCGCAGCGGGCGCAGGUUGACUAAAUGCGCCCUUUUUCUCGGCUUCGUGAUUUUUGACACGGGUAUCCUCCCGCUCAUUCUUUUCUAUGCGCUGAGGUGGAGCGCACACCUCUCUAUCACCAUCAACCUCGCCAUCAUCACGUCCGUCAUCGGACUCGGUUCGUCGGCAAAGCUCACACAUCGCACGUACCUGCUGUGGUAUGCGAAAGGGUGUGAGUCGCGCAGACCCAUUGGGUCGGGUCGCUGGGGGCUCGAUGCAACGCACUUCUUUGGUUCUUGGGCAUUAUUCGCGUUUCUGGUCCCGCUGAUCAUCGGCUCGUCGAUGACGCCCGCCUCCGUACCCAUUGUCUCCAUGGCACUCCCAUGUCAGAUGCUCUCCCUCUCCGUACCUUGCCUCAUCAGCGCGAUAUUCGACCACCACCUGCGCCUCCCCGUCCGCAUCUCCUCACUACCACCCGGCGAAAUCCUGCCUCCUUUUCCGUAUACACUUGUCGAAGACGUCAUUGCCGUCGAUGGCGGCGGCGGACUUGCUUUCCGCCAAGAAUGGCGUCAUCGGUAUGAAGACUCAGUCAUAAUUCGGUCUCUCGUGAGGCAGCUCGCGUUCAUGUGGGGCCUCAGCGGCACGAUCAUUGGCGCACUGCUCAUCGUCGCGGCGUGGCUCGCGACGACCGACACCGCGUAUGGGCUCGCGUACGGCAUCCCGUGGGUGUGGGUGCUUGUGUGUAUCCCCGUGACGGUGCUGUACGUGCAAAGCCAGCUCCGGAGGGAGCAUCAAGAGUGGUACAAGGAGUGCGUGCACAAAGUCCGGCCGCUGCAUGUACACGAGACGGUGCUCGACAAGGAGGUGGACCAUAUGGUCCUCGAGCGACAGGCGACGCACGCCGGGUCGAUGGCGUCUCCCAGAGCGUCGGUGGCUUCUCCGAGGAGGGCGUCGAUGAGAUCCCCGAGAGAAUCUGCUGGGUCCCAGCCGAGGAGGUCAAGAUCGCGGUCAAGAGCGCCGCCUGUAUAAACGGCACGUAUGUUUUAUUCUACUUUCACUUUCUCACCCGUACUCUUGAGACCUUGGUAACGGCUUAGAUGCUUACGACUUACCUGAUUUUACCGUAUAGGGUAUAUUUUAGUGCCCACGAUACGCUUAUAUGGCAUGUACAACACAUACGUUACAACGCACUCCGAACAUUCAACUUGCUCUGCUCGGAGAACAUAUCGCACGCGAUACACAAAAUGCACGUACCCACCCGAGACUCACUUAGUUGUAUGAUACCAGCAUCGUUACCCUAUAAUAUGCUACAUGGAUAAACGACAUGAUUUGACC